UCUCCGGAGGGGAAGCGCGGGUCCGGCUGCGGAGUGGCCUGCUUGGGGACUCCCCCAGGCCCGGCAAGGUGGCUCCAGUCUCCUCCCCCAGGCCUCUCCAGAGCCGCUGGAGGAAGCCCGGCUCUCUGAGGUUUGAGGGCAGAGCUCGGCCGAGUGGACCGUCAGAGAAGACCCGGAUUCCCCCUUUGCUGCCGCUCCCUGCCUGCUCUUCACCUGGCGGCAGAGACCUUCGCCUUCCUGGGGUCUGGAGGCUGAGCAGGCGGGGGAAUCAGUCCAGCUGUUUCCAGACUGAGAAUCGUGACUCAUUAGUGGGUCAGGAAAUCAAUUUAGUAUAGAAAUGAUCAGAGCGUGUGGCAAGUAGUGGGGGACUUACCCACCAGUAAGGAGGCCCAGCCCUUGAUACAGCUUGAACCACCUCCCGUAAACAAGAUGGCGUCGGAGAGCCUGGCCCCUUCCCUGAUCCCAUGAGGGGCGAGGCCCCUCGAAGCCCGAAGAUGGGGAACAUCACUGAGAACAACACGUCGACGAACUGUACCAUCGACCACACCAUCCACCAGACUCUGGCCCCGGUGGUCUAUGUGGCGGUGCUGGUGGUGGGCUUCCCGGCCAACUGCCUGUCCCUCUACUUCGGCUACCUGCAGAUCAAGGCCCGGAACGAGCUGGGCGUGUACCUGUGCAACCUGACGGUGGCCGACCUCUUCUACAUAUGCUCGCUGCCCUUCUGGCUGCAGUACGUGCUGCAGCACGACAACUGGUCGCACGGAGAUCUGUCCUGCCAGCUGUGCGGCGUCCUCCUCUACGAGAACAUCUACAUCAGCGUGGGCUUCCUGUGCUGCAUCUCCAUCGACCGCUACCUGGCCGUGGCCCACCCCUUCCGCUUCCACCAGUUCCGCACCCUGAAGGCGGCCGUGGCCGUCAGCGUGCUCAUCUGGGCCAAGGAGCUGCUGACCAGCGUCUACUUCUUCACGCACCAGCAGGUGGUGGAGGACAGCGAGCGGCACCGCGUCUGCUUCGAGCACUACCCGCUGGAGCCAUGGCAGCGCGGCAUCAACCACUACCGCUUCCUGGUGGGCUUCCUGUUCCCGCUGUGCCUGCUGCUGGCCUCCUACCGGGGCAUCCUGCGGGCCGUGCGCCGGAGCCACGGCACCCAGAAGAGCCGCAAGGACCAGAUCCAGCGGCUGGUGUUCAGCACGGUGGUCAUCUUCUUGGCCUGCUUCCUGCCCUACCACGCCCUGCUGCUGGUGCGCAGCCUCUGGGAGGCCAGCUGCCCCUUCGCCAAGGCCGUCUUCAACGCCUACCACUUCUCCCUGCUCCUCACCAGCUUCAACUGCGUGGCCGACCCCGUGCUGUACUGCUUCGUCAGCGAGUCCACCCACAGGGACCUGGGCCGCCUGCGCGGGGCCUGCCUGGCCUUCCUCACCUGCGCCGGGACCGGCCGGGGCAGAGAGGCCUACACGACGGGCGCCCCCGACACCUCGGGGAAAAGCGAUGAACCCGAGCUGCUCACCAGGCUCCACUCGACCUUCCAGGCCCCCAGCUCGCCUGGGGUGGGCGGGUCCCCCACGGGCGGCUUGGCCUAGCCGGGGUCCCUCCGCCACCGUGUGGGGCUAAGUGAGGCCUGAGCUUGCCCGCUCGGCCAAGUGCAGGUGGCUCUUCCUACGGGAGGGAAUGACGGGCCUGGGCCGCCGCGAGGCGUCUCUGGUCCCGGGGAGCCCGCUCCAGCUCGCUGAGCUGCUGUGUGUUGUCCGCUGCCGGCCUCUGGGGAGAGGAAGACAAGGGAUUGUCACCUCCGGGAGGUUCUCAAAGACGGGCUGGUGGGGGCAGGGUGCAGAGUGUGAGGGCCGGGGAUUGGGAAGUGAGGGCCGGUGUCUGGGUGCACACCUGCCAAGUUCUUCCGCUGCCGUUGUCACAGACGACACCCGUCCAAUGCACAGGUGUGUCUGAGGACAUGACGCGUGAAGCUGUAUUGUCACCGUUAACACUUGAGCCCCACCCCACAAAAGGAUCAGAAGGAAGAUGACCUCCCGGGAGGCUGGAGGGGAGAAGGGAGCUGGGGAGGUGGUCGGGCAGUGGAGGCGUGUGGU